GGCGGUUCGAGUGCGGGACGUAGCGGGAGCUCUGGGAAGCUCGGGCCACCAAAAAAUUGCUGGGGACCGGUCGGAUCGAUUCCGUCGCAGGCCAAAUCGGAUUGGCGGGCGGCGCCAGUCAGGUCGCCAAAAAAUAGUAUGUAGAGCCGCGAAAUAGACUCGACGAGGGACGUCCGGCUCUGAGGGUUCUCACCACCGCGAAGGAAAGGAAACCAGCUGCCUCCAUUGGGGGACCCCCAACAACCAGUCCUCCCCUCCCGUCCUGCCACCACCUUCCACUCCUCCGGCCUCGCCCAGCCCAGUCACGACCAUGAGUGCGGCACGCUUCGCUGCCCGGAGUUUCCUCUCCCGGCGUCUGGCCGCCACUGUCCCGGCCGCUGCACCGGCAGCUUCCACCCCGGCCGCGUCGACAUGUCCCGCCGCCCAGCAGCAACAGUCCCAAUUCCACAGCUCCGCCCACCUCGAGGCCCGGAGGCGAUCGCGCUUCAAGAAUGUCCGUGCCGUCGAGAUGGGCCUGACCUCGGACGCAAAGAUCGAGAGUUUUACCAAGAAGAAGUUCGCCGAGUACACGGAAGAUGAGAAGGCCGCUCUCGCCCACAACUACCCCGCCGAGCACAUGGAGGCCAUCGAAGCCGCCGAGGCUGCCAUCGAUCCCAAGGACCUGACGAUACAAGGUCGUCUGCGCGUCGACCCGUACCGCAUGCCCUACAUCGACGACUUUAGCGAGAUACAACCUAUCAUCGACAAGCGCGCUCGCCGCUCGGCGCCCCCCAGCCACAAAGCGCGCUUCAUGGACGUUGACGAGUUCACUCAGGACCUGAUCAACUGGGCUGACGAGAUCCGCCGGGGCGAGCCGACGCACAGGAUGAAGAAGCUGAGGGACUUCGUACCGGAGGAGUUUUUUGAGAAGCCUGAGGGGCAGUGGCCCAAGGACGUCCGGGACGAAGCUUUUACCAAGUUCUGGGCCUACCUCAAGGAGCAGAAGGACGCCGACGCCAAGGCCGCCGCCAACGCGACCGGCCCUACCGACGGCGACAUUCUCUCGUACAUUUUGGAGCGCUCGUCCAUGACCGACAACAACCUGCAGGCCAACUCGUCGCUGGCGCCCGCCCUUCCCGAUAAGGUCCCCGGCGUGGAGGGCAAGUACAGGAACGCGAUCGACCCUGCCGACGACGGUCUCGAUGACAAGGGUCAGUAUCAGGAGCUGAAGAAGCGGACGGGCAUGUCGGUCCGUCAGAUUCUCCAGCUCAAGACUAAGAAGCUGGUCCACCGUCGCGUUGUGAACCAGACCCGUCUCGGCAAGAUUGCCAGCGACUCGGUCAUGGUCAUUGCCGGAAACGGUGACGGCUGGCUCGGUCUCGGCAUGGCGAAGUCGGUCGAAGCAUCCAUCGCUGUUGAAAAAGCCACUCUGUUGGCCAUCCAAAACAUGCAGCCCAUCCCCCGCUAUGAAAACAGGACCAUUUAUGGCGAGGUCACCACCAAGGUGUCAGGCACCAUUGUGCGCCUGAACUCGCGUCCUCCUGGAUUCGGUCUCCGCGUCUCCCAUCGUAUCUUUGAAAUGUGCCGCGCCGCCGGCAUUCGUGACCUCAGUGCAAAGUUCCUGCGGUCACGCAACCCCAUGAACACAGUAAAGGCCACCUACCAGGCCCUUCUCAGCCAGCCCAACCCUGAAGAUCUCGCCAUCGGUAGGGGAAAGAAGCUCGUCGACGUUCGCAAGGUUUACUAUGGCGGGUCUGUAUACUAAGCAAAGGCGCAAAAAGAAGAAAAAAGAACAAGAAGAAGAAGCAUUGUAUUAUUCCCCCCAAAUUUUGUUUCAUGGAUGUGCGCUGCUUGUUUCUAAUCUGUAAAUAUAUGUACAUUACGUUAUACUGAAGACCAUGGAACUGGGCGGAAAACCAAAAGGGACUAUGCAGUUAAAACAGUGGUGGCAUACCUGUUAUGUUGGUGGCUGGGUGGCUGUCCGAUAUGUGUUGCCUAUAUAUCUAUGCGAUUUGGGGAACAUUGCGUGGUAGGCCCAAGUUGGAUGAUGUUGCUUGCUUGUUUCGGCGUCCAAAAGGGACUGUCUCCUCGAUAUUCCCUCUCCUCCCUUUCCUCCAUUCGCCACGUCCAGCCCACAAGCAUAUUACUCUGUCUCUGGCCGAAAGUUGUCCCUCGUUCUUUGUCCGAUGCCGGCCAUAGUCGUAUGUCGCAUAAUACCCUGUUAAC